UUUCAGCCUUUUUUUUGUUUUUUUUUGUUUUACGUGCUCUUCGUUUCAAGCACACGCCGCGCGUGCAUUCCUAUGCAUCCGCAUGAGAAACGGUGCGGCCGACCGACGGAAGGGUAGGUGUGAGUGGGAAGCGGGCUCCGAAUUCCUCGGAUGCACGCACGUCUUGGAAGGUCGAACGUCGCUUGGUCCGCUGCUCGCGCGCCUCGAUCUUCUCGUGCGCGGCGGUGGUUUUUAGGGGUUUCCGCGGGCUCGAGAUAACGGCUGAUAACGGCGACCCGUGCUUGCGCGCGGCUCUCGUCGCUCUUAUCGGCGAAGGCGGCGACCAACGGGAACGGCGGCACAGGCACCGCAGCCACGGAGACCCAGCCGAGCUUUCAGGAAUGAAGACCGCACUAAUUUUGUGCAUCGUGUUCUGUUCGUCAGCUUAUGGAGGACCUGAGUUGACGCCAAUGUGUCCGCACGACUGCCACUGCGGGGACAACUUUACGGUUGUCGCCUGUUCGCAUGGGCAGUUGCACCGUUUUCCCGAGCCGCUUCCCCGCGGUGUUCAAGAACUGGACGUCAGUUUCAAUUCCAUCGAGGUCGUUCCGACUCUCCAGGUGGCGGGGCUCACCAAAGUCACGUUUUGCCACAAUCACGUGAGGACAAUACCGCGCGGCACUUUCGCCCACACGACCGCUCUGCAUACGCUGGACUUCAGCCAUAACUGUCUGGUUUCACUCUCAGCCGAUGAUCUGGACGGUUUGGAAUCGCUUACACAUUUGGAUCUCAGUUGGAACGAACUCCGCAAGCUGGAGCGAUACGCCUUCCACAGGGUUCCGAAUCUGAGAACGCUGAAGCUAUCGGGAAACCCGCUGAGGUUUGUCGACAGCUCGUGGUUCAAGAACUUGGACGUCCUCGAAACGGUGGAGCUGCGGGCAAUAGAUGCUUACAGCCUGGCCCCCGAUGUCUUUGUGCUCGCUCCCAGGCUGCACACGAUUGAUCUGUCUGAAAACGACUUCACCGAUGUUCCGAAAGGGCUUGACAGCGCACGGAAUCUCAGAUUCCUAACAAUGGACCAGAACCCCAUGGUGAACUUGAGCAGGGCUUCUCUGUCGGGUGCAAGAAAUUUAGAGGAACUUCACCUGAGUGAUAUGCCGCGACUCGAAAGCGUUGAGAAGGGCAGUCUUUGGAACAUGAGGCGCCUAACCCUCGUUAAUAUGAGCAACAAUGUGCGACUAAAGGAGAUAAGUGACUCGGCGUUUCAUUGGGUAAAGUCGCCGGUCAUCAAGCUUAUACUGACCAAUAACAGCUUGCAGACUCUUGAUUACGCGUACAGCGGUCUCUGCGAUGCAGGAAUGCUGAACCUUGAUGGUAAUCCGUGGAUGUGCGACUGUCAAGUGCUAUGGAUGAGACGCUGCAAUGCGACGCAAGAUCUAAGGUGUAACGGCCCGCCAACCUUGGCUGGCAAGUACAUCGGCCACCUGACGCUGUCCGAAAUGACCUGUCCAUUGAGCCAGCGACUUCUGCUUCGCUUCGAAGAGACUGGCAGCAACAAACUCAUGCUCGCGAUUGUGGGUGUGUGCGCGCUCGCUCUGACGUUGGCCGCCGGCUCGUGCUUUUGGCGGGGGCGGAAGCGGCACCUGCAAAAGGGCGCCCGUUAUAGCGCCGUCCACUACGCUCACGUGACUCCGAAGGGCGACGCUUCGUGAACGUGUGUGUGAACCUGCCUGCUGAAAAGGAAGGCACUUCGAACCGCAAACUGCAGUGGGCGCAACCGCACCGUUUGUCGCUGAUGGGGACGUGACCAAACGACUUAGCGUGGAAGCUCUGGCCUGUUCGCGAUUCACUGAAGAAAGGACACAGCGCAAGAAAGACAGGGACACGAGAGAGCGACACCCUCAAAGCGCUGACUUACAACAGUUUAUUCAUGAAGACAUUAAGGAAUAAAUAUAUAAGGUGCUACCAUGUGCAAUAUGUGAGUGAUCGGCAAAAAGCCUGGAUGAUCAUUUGCAAUGCUGGUAACGAUAGCCACGUGCCUACAGAGCGCACGGAAUGCUUUCCAUUGAAACCCUGUCAAGACACGCCAUUUCCCGAGAUAAUAGGGCAAUCGAAGGAGAACUGACGCACGCGCUAUCAAACUUCCUAAUGAGAUCUGCCUCAACGAUUUCACGUGACAGCUGUGAUUUAUGUUUAGCCAGCACUUCGCUUUUUUCCAAGUAGGGCUUACACCCGUGGUCGUGGCAAUGAAUAACCAGCGUGUCGCCCUCUCGUGUCCCUGUCUUUUUUGCGCUGUGCACUUUUUCCAGUGACGAAACCUUUUGACCUUGCGUCAACAAGCACGCAAUUAUAAAACAUCCACGUGUGACACUGCACCACAUCACCACCAAAAUUCACGCUGCACAGAAUGGAUAAUAUCGGUGUUUCAUAAAACCUUAGGAGAGUUAACUGUACCCUUGGGUACAAAUGUGCCAAGCGUGUGUGUGCUUGAUUACAGAUGUUCGUGUCACGCCGAGAAUUUUUAUGAUGGUAGUUUUUUUUUCACGUGACAGAAAAUGAAUGGCGUUGUUCGGGAAAGUUUGCAUCUUUUAUUUUUAAUGAAGACAACGUGGCCUUCAUUCAACAAUAAUGACAUUUCCUGAUUUCAUUUCAUUUCACUUUAAUGCCCCUAUAAGCAUAUAUCAUAUAGUUGGGUUGGGUAUACAACAUAUACGAAGAAGUCUUACCACAGUUCUCAAAUCAAGAUAAAAGUUUUUGCAUAUUGAAAAAAUUUUGACGAGCAGGUGAUGGCAGUGAUUUGACGAAGAAGUGUGCUACUUCAUAUACCUGCCUCAAAAAAAACGAGGCUUAAAAUGCAUUAUUAAUAACAAUAGCUAAAGAAAUUUAAAGCAUAAGGAACCAUUUGGUAUUAUCACUCCUUCCUGGUUAACUGGCGACAAUGAACAACCACCGGUACACGCGGUGUCAUGCAUGGAAAGAGCCUUGGUCCUAUCACGAGAAACCAAUGUGUGAACAGAGCGGGGGGCUCAGCCACCGCGAUGCUGCGUCGUUCGACCGAAAAAGCAAGGAGCUUGCUGGUAAAUUAUUAUCGAAUGAAGAACAUAUUGUUGCGGAACUGUUCCAGUGGGACUGGUUAUAUUUCAAUAGUGGUUCUUCAGAGGAUAUUUAGUGCAAUUAUUGUAGUAAAGCUGCGACAGGCUAGUUGGUGCGAUUUCGUCAUCGUCAAAACUUGGCAACGCGCUCUUCCAUGAAGCGAUUAUCGUAAUCGUCAUGCUCAGCGGCGAGUAUUACAUCGGGCUUACCCGCCGUGGUUGCUCAGUGGCUAUGGUGUUGGGCUGCUGAGCACGAGGUCGCGGGAUCGAAUCCCGGCCACGGCGGCCGCAUUUCGAUGGGGGCGAAAUGCGAAAACACCCGUGUGCUUAGAUUUAGGUGCACGUUAAAGAACCCCAGGUGGUCAAAAUUUCCGGAGUCCUCCACUACGGCGUGCCUCAUAAUCAGAAAGUGGUUUUGGCACGUAAAACCCCAAAUAUUAGUAUUAUUAUUACAUCGGGCUCCUCAUCCGAUUUGACAUGGCCGUCUCGGCAGCUGUCCCUGUUUAAUAUGGCAGUGGUAAUAUUACAUUUAUGGGAACUACGAGAUUGACGUGACCUUUAGUGCGCUACGGUGUAGGUUGAACUCUCCCUAUACAACUUUGCUGAGGCUGUGAUCUACACUAACAUCCAAUUCGUUAGUCGCACCCAAAACACAUAUCGCAACGUUCGUAAGCUAUACCUGUUAGUGUCUUAAGCGAACAAAUUUGAUAUAUUUGGAGCCCACGCGCAAUUGUUACACCAUUUGCGUUAGCUUCGCAAAGAUCUACUUACAAGCAACGUAAUACUCCAUCGCUGACAGAUUUCCUCCGGUUUGGUCGUCUUAAUUGAUGCGUUCACAGUAUUGAGAUAUCUGCUUUCAUAGCGAAGUCAAGAAGGUUGUAAGGCUAACGCGUCAGAAGUGCUUUGCUGCGGACUUGGCUCCUACUGAACAAGUAACUUACUGCACGAAACACAAGGCCGGAUAGGACCACUGCCCUCUGUCCUAUCUCUCUUUCUCGCCGGUCUUGUAUUUCGCAUAGCAUUCGUUAGCUGUUUGGUGAUGGUUCACCUUUUGGAAUUCUCGCGUUGCCUGUGAUUCACCUCAUUAAAAAAAUAUACUGAAGCAUCAAAGCUGUGAUUAUAUCGUGUGUUUCACGAAACUAGAAUCAAACUUUAAGUAUAGACUGUACAUGUUAGACGAAUGAGACCGACGCAUAAUGUUCGCAGUCGUGUUGAACUACUCGCACUAUGUGUUGAAGUGCGAUUAGUUAGCUAUAGUCGGAUACAACUUUAGAAAAAAGGGGAGGCCCCGCCCAGAUGACCGAAGCGGCGAAGUCACCGGCCGUCCGGCGCAUGACGUCGGUCCAGAGUGCGCGCCCAUUGGUGGAUGCUUGUGUGCACCCGCCUCGAAGGAGUAAACGUCCCCUUUUUUCUACAGUUGUAUCCGACUAUAGUUAGUUACGUUUCUUAAGUAAAAUUAGAAACAUUCAUUUGAGGACAUGAGUCAUAAAGCCUGCUCAGAAAAAAAUAAAUUUGUUUCGAUGACGUUA